GUUUGACGCCCCAAACUUUCGAAAAUCCUUGCAGAUACAGAGGAUUAUACAGAGGACAGUAUUAUAGCGUCUUCCGAGCCCUAAAUCAGUCCUGCCACCAAAUCCUUGCAGAUAGGCAAACUAUGGCGGAACCGAAGCCCUUAAUAGGGCUAACGUGGGAGCCGAAGCUGCCUGGACUUCCAGUAGCUGACAAGCAGAAGAGCCACCACUCCGAUCCCCUUGAAACUAGCACCGCCCUUUACAUGCCCCGUUCCGAGCUCGUCGAUGGUCUCUUCGUGCCGCCCAGAGAUCCCAAAAAGCUCAGCUUGUUACGCCGCAAAGAGGUCAAGGACACUGCUGGGAAAAGCUGGUUUGACAUGCCUGCACCAACCCUUACUCCGGAGCUAAAAAGGGAUCUGCAGUUAUUGAAGAUGAGGGAUGCUUUUGAUCCAAAGAGACAUUACAAGAAAGGCAGUUCAAAAUCUAAAGAACUCCCCAAGUAUUUCCAGGUGGGUGUUGUGGUAGAGCCUGCAUCAGAGUUCUAUUCCAGUAGACUUUCUAAGAAGGAGAGGAAGGCAACUCUUGCAGAUGAAUUAAUUUCUGAUUCAAAGUUGGCGCAAUAUAGGAAGCGCAAGGUUCGUGAAAUUGAAGAGCAAAAGCGGCCAGGGGUAGUAAGCAAGUGGAAGCACCAAGGCAAGCAUUCGAGGAAGCGUGCAAAGCAAAGGAGGCAAUGAUGGUUUUUGUUGUCACUCGCAGCGGCAAUCCUAUAGUAACUCUAUAAUUGGAGAGACCUAGCUACACUUUAUUUGUUGGUCUGAUGAGCUUCAACAUUGGUGAAGGGCUUAACGUUGGAUUAGUGGAGACGAACCUGUAGAACCAUUGUUGCUUAUGGCCUUUGCUCUGAUGUGAAUUUACUUCAUUCAAACAAUCGAAUUUUGAUUUUACCGUUAAAUUGUCAUAUCCCCUCACAUUUUUUGUUUUAGUUAGCUUUCAUUGCGCUUGUACCAAUUCUCCUUUAUGUGCUUAACUUAUCUAACAUUUUUAAACUUAGUUCUGCUUUUUUAAUAAUAUUUUUCAUCAUCAUUACCCCA